GCAAUUAUAUUUGUGGCGAAAAACGCAAUGCAAAAUGUGGAAAAUAACCAAAGCACCAACAACGAAUUUAUUAGCACUGACGUUAGUAUUUACCCUAGUUUUUUGGGGCACAGCCUAUGGACUUUCAGAUAAACGGCUGUGUGCCGAUGAAAAAUGUAAAGAAAUCAUAUCACUGGGCAAGGGGAAAAUUAGUUACAGAGCGGGAGAGGUGGGAAUGGUUUCGUUUCAAAUCAAUGCGCCUAUACGCAUCAAGUCGAAGAGCGCUGGCUCCAAUCCUUCCCUGUGGGGAGUUGAGGUAAAUGGACGUGAAGGAUAUGCACCUAAGGAUUACAUUAGGGAGGAACGGAUACUUAUUAAAGAAAAGGAUCUUAAACAUAUUGUAGAUGUAGUUCAGCCUGGUAGUCCCGAGGCCUUAGUUCCUGCAACUCCAACUUCAAUUGCACCUGAAGUAAGCGUGGAAGUUACAACGCCUACAGCUUCUUUAGAUGACGCGGUUGUAAGUUCUCAAGAGGAAGCUAUAAACAGUAGUCCUACUGGUAACAGCGAGGAACUGCCGCAACGAACUGCAACACCAGUCCAGGAAGAUGUAAUAGUUGUUGAUGGAACUAGAAUUCCCACAUCAAAUGAUGAUGAGUAUGAACAGCAAACAAUGGGUUCCACCAUGGGAAUGUCCGAGGAAGAUGAUGAUGGAGAAAUAGGCGAUUAUGAUGAUGAUGAAAUCGAUAAUGAUGAAGAUAUCGAUAAUGAUGAUACCAAAAGUAAAGAAAAAUUAUUCCAAGAGCCGAUGAAACCAGUCCCACUUAAUUCCCACGUGGAGACCUCGGAAAGUAAUCCGGCAGAUACUACUGAAUCCUCUUCAACAGAGAAUACAUCAACAAAGACUGAUGAAAUCCCUGAAACCCCCAACAAUGUUGCUGAAAACUCAUCGGACUCUACAACUAUUGCUUCAAGCAUAGUGGAUGGUGGUGCUGCUUCAACUACUGAGGGAACACAACAACAACAACAAGUUUCCACCGAACCAAGUGUUGAAAGUGUGCACCAAUCUGAUUUAAAGCACGGUGAUGAAACAACACCAGAGGAUGUAAAUUCAAAAGAACAACAUCAAGAAACAGUUCCUAUCGAAGAUAAGAAUGCAGAAAUAUUGAAACAGGAGAAUUCCUCUAAGACCUCUACCCCCACCACUGAAGCCUUAAAUACUGCCAACAAAGAAGAAAAAGAAGAUAUUUUCCAUGCUACCAACAUAUCGAAUGAACAAAGUCUUCCUGAGAAUACAACCUCUGAAAUCACUUCAGAUGAACCUAGCUCAAAUGAUAGUGAACCAAACAGCAGUGAGCAACCUGUAAGUGAGCAUCAAGGACAAAACGAAAUGCCAAUGGAAAUACCUAUUGAUAAUAUACACAAUACACAGGAAGUAACCGCUAAUACCGAAAUUCCUAGUUCUCCAAACACCAGUGAGCAACCCGUAAGUGAGCAUCAAGUACAAAACGAAAUGCCAAUGGAAAUAGCUAUUGAUAGUAUACACAAUACACAGGAGGUAACCGCUAACACCGAAAUUCCUAAUUCCCCAAACCCAUUGCCCACAACUGCCACAGAAGGCAUUCCCUAUGUAACCGAAUCUCCCCAAACACCAACAAACCAGGAACCACCACUUCCAACUUCAACACAAAUGCCUAUCCCAGAAAACCCCCCUGCCAAUGUAGAUCCCCACCAAGAACCCGUGUUACAACCAACUGAAAUACCUCUGCUUAGUACCGCUAUACCCCCUGGGUACAGUGAUCCCUAUCAACAACAAAAUACUAAUGAUUAUGUAAAUCCCGCACAACAUUAUCCCAAUGUCGAGUCAUCCAACACACCAUUGCCGUCUCAACAUGAUUAUUAUCAACACACAACUGAGCCCUCAUUGCCUACUGAAACACCAAAUUUUGACUAUUAUGGGCAGCAUUCUACGAGCUAUGAAGACGAAACAACAACUGUUAAACCGGAGACAACAAUUACCGAUACUCCUAUAGCCAGUGAGCCGGAGGUGUCAACAAUUAAACCUCAAGCUGUUGACAAUUCUUAUUAUGAUGACGUUUCUCAAGGUCAGGGCUAUGUUGAGCCUCUACAGCCCAUAGUAACGCCAGAAGCCCCUAAGUCAAAUGAGGAAGAACCAAAAUCAUUACCUUCAUUAACGCCAUCACAUCAUCAUGAUGAUAUUGUUGAAAAGAAAGAUAAGGGAUUAUUUGCAACGAUUAUGGAUACCGUUAACAAUAUAUUGCCCAAUAACAAAAAACCAAAAUAUCCAGCUGCAGAGAUGGAUGACAAUGAGUUGAAGAAGAUUUUGUAUCCGGAUAUGGGUGGAAAACAGCCAAACUCAUUAUAUAAGACCAACAACGAAGAAGAUGAAAGUUUUUGCGAAAAGUUGGGUCCCAAUGACUGUCCACACUCGUCACAUAAAACUGCAUCGCAUUCCGAAGAAACAUGUACGUGCUCUCUCAGAUCUUUCAUAACCACUGAAUUCACCAUGGAAACCUUUGUUCAAGCAUUAGCCUCUAAAGUCUUGGAAAUCAGUGAUUUGUUGGCAUUUUUAACGAUUGUUGCUGCCACCACUUUGUUCUUCGUCUUUGGCUAUUACUGUUUCUGCAACAGCAGCAGUGAGGGUGCUUUACUCUCCAAACUCAAUCAAUUGGAAAGUAGUUUAUUGGCAUCCCACAAAGAAAAUUCCAUUCUUAAGCACAACUUAAUGUCGACCCGGCAAAAGCUGUCCAGCAUUGAGGAUAAUUCGUUUGGCUCCAACGAUAUGGUGUUGUCGAUUAAAAAAGAAUUGGAGGAAGAGUUAGUGGAGAAGGCUCGCUUGCAAGAGCAGAUAACAUCAUUGCAAAAGGAAUUGGAAGCUGCUGCAGAUGCCGGUAUUGAAUUGAAUAAAAUAGUUUCAGAAUUGUUGAGUAAUCAGACUGGAGACGAAAGCAUCAUAAGCAGUGUGGAAGAAUUACAGAAGCAAUUGAAUGAACAACAAAAUACGAUUUUGGAAAUCAAUGCCAGUUUGGCUGAAAAGAGCCGCGAAAAUAGUGAAUUGCAACUGUUGAUAGCUGAACAAAAUGCUCGCUAUGAAUCGCAAAUUUCAAAUCUUCAGAGGGACAAUGAUGAGCUAGAGGCAGAAAAAGGCAGUCUAAUCACUCGGCUGGACGAAAUUAAAAAUGAUUUUGACAAGGAUAUCACCGCUGCUUUGGAGGGCAAGAAUUUCGAAAUCAAACGCCUACAAAACGAAAUUGUAGAUUUAAGUGCAAAGGUGGAGGCUGAGCACACUAAGUGGCAGACCAGUCUGGCUAAAGUGGAGGCAUUAGAGGAAUGUUUGAAGAAUGUUAAAAAGGAUCCCAAUGUAAAUAUCAAUCAGGUUAUUGAUGUCGCCAAUACUAGAGCUGAACUACUAGAUGCCCAGAAGAAAUACGUGUCACUAAAGGAACGAUUGGAAUUGGAAUUGGAUGCCAGAAAAGUAUGUGAGAGUCAAUUGCAAGUGGCAACAGCUGAGGUUGAAAAACUUAAACAAGACUUUAAUCAAUCGGAAAAGGACAAAUUGGAAGCUCAAACCCGUCUGGAAGUAUUGUCAAAUUACUUCAAGGAGAAAGAGACACAGUUACAAAAAGAACUGAGCCUAAAAGAAACCAUGUGGUUGCAGCAGCAAGGUGAAACUAGUACAACUGUGGAACGUUUAACGGCCAUGCAAGAGGAAAUACAAUCAUUGAAAUCUCAAAAUGAUGCCUUGCGUGCUGAAAUUGAAGCUCAAGUUGCAGCGCACAAGGCCCAAACGGGUACGCUUGAAAAUCGUGCCCACGAGACAUGGUUGGCAGCCCGCCAAUCGGAUAGACGGUACGAAGAAGCUAGGGCAGAAGCCACAGCUUUACGCAGGAAAUUGACAGCAUUAGCUGGUGGCAAUGUUAAUGAAGCCAAUAAACCUUCAGCUGGUCCUGCAGGCCUGGGUGAUGAUUUAGCAAAUGCCCCCUCUCCCAUACACAUGGAGUCUCCGGGCUCCCCCAUGUUAGGCAGAAUGCCACCACCACCAUUCCUACCGCCACCAUUCAUGGGACCACCUCCACCAUUCAUGGGAAUGCCGCCCCCACCUCCUUUCGUGCCACCAGGUGAGAUGCGUCCAGCACCAUUGGGACGUAUCAUGUCACCGCCGCCUCCACAACGCUCAAGUCUACUCGACUAUGAUGACUAUCUGGAUUACGAAAGCAACAAUUCGUGGCAUCGUCAUCACACAUACUCACCACCACCACGAACAUAUCGUUCACUCUCACCCACAGAUAGCCGCUAUAAUUAUGGCACAGAACGUGAUCUUAUGUCCACCUAUGACACAGAAACCGACUUCAGUCCACCACCCAGUCCUCGGGAAUCGAGAAGACGGGCUGGCUAUGACAGCGACAAGGGUGGCAGUAGACAUCCAUAUAAUAAUUCUAAGAAAUCCUCUUCAGGUCACAAAGGUAACAUAAGUUCCGGUUCCGACAAGUCCUAUAAUUCUUCAUCCAAAAAAGGUGGCAACAAAUCAAAAUCCAGUGGGGGAGGUGGCGGGGGUGGUAAAUCGCUGGUAUGAUUUGUUCUUGAACUCCCUUCCACAUUAGAGGAAAUAAAGCCCCCACAUAAAACAUUUCCGUUAAAAAUGCAUUAAGCCUAAGAGAGCGAGUCUGAGAAUGAUGAAUGUUAGUGAGCGUGUUUACGACGUAUGUGUGCCGUGUCUGCUGUCGACUUUAUUUUGUUAAUUGUGUAGUUAAAUUUAAUUUUUUAAAAUUUACUCAAUAUUAAGAAGCAGAGAAUGAAAACAUUCUAAACUUAAUGAUACUUACUAAGAAUAACAAACAAACAACAAAUACAACAACAAGCCAAAUUAUAAAAGCAAAUUAUAAUGAAUUCACAAGGAGAAAGAAGAGAAAAAAAUAGUAAAACCACAAACAAAAGAAAGAA